CGACAGCGCCCCGCCCCGGGCGUCUCCAUAUUGGUCGCAGGUGGAGACGCAGCUAGUGUAGUGCGGGUGCAACUGAGUGGAGUCUUCCGUGCUUGGAGGCGGAGGCUCCCAGACCUCUUCCCCGCUUCUUCCCUCCUCCCGCAGAAGCCGUGAGCGAGCAUGGCGGGCUUGGAGGUUCUGUUUGCGUCGGCGGCGCCGUCCAUCACCACUGCGCAGGACGCCCUAGUCUGCUUCCUGCAUUGGGAGAUGGUGACGCACGGCUACUACUGCUUGGGGACCGGCGACCAGCCAGGUCCCAAUGAUAAGAAAUCAGAACUUCUACCAGCCAAAUGGAACAACAAUAAAGACCUGUAUGUCCUCCGGUAUGAGUCUAAGGAUGGGUCCAAAAAACUCCUUGUGAAGGCCAUCACCAUGGAAAACAGCAUGAUCAUCAAUGUGUUGGAAUAUGGCUCACAGCAAGUGUCAGAUUUGACCCUGAACUUGGAUGAUUAUAUUGAUUCAGAACACCUGGUUGAAUUUGACAGGACCUACAAGAACAGUGAGGAGCUUCGGUCUCGUAUUGUGUCUGGAAUCAUCACACCCAUCCAUGAAUACUGGGACAAAGCUAGUAUAAGCAGUCCCCACCGGGAGUUUCCUCCUGCCACUGCCAGAGAGGUGGACCCACUCCGCAUUCCCCCUCACCACCCACAUACCAGCCGACAACCUCCCUGGUGUGAUCCCCUGGGCCCAUUUGCUGUAGGGGGAGAGGACCUAGACCCCUUUGGGUGUCGGAGAGGUGGCAUGAUUGUGGAUCCCCUAAGAUCUGGCUUCCCAAGAGCACUUAUUGACCCAUCCUCAGGCCUCCCAAAUCGGCUUCCCCCAGGCGCUGUACCCCCAGGAGCUCGCUUUGACCCCUUUGGACCCAUUGGGACUAGCCCAUCUGGACCUAAUCCAGACCAUCUCCCCCCACCGGGCUAUGAUGACAUGUACCUGUGAAAGCCUCAAGAAUGUAACAUCCCAGCCUUUCCUCCACUGUCCUGGAGCUGCCACCACUGGCCCCAUCCACAUUCCUGUGAGCUGGGGGCAAGGAACCCUACCCAUGUGCCUGCAGUCUGCCUGGGAUUGCCUCUCCAGCCCUUAUCAGUAUCAAGGCAACUGCUCCAGCUCUCCACCAAGCUGCAUAUAGGUACCAAAAAGAAGUCAGUGUGUGUCUUUCACCACCAGCUCCCCCAUCCCCAUUCCCGAGGGAAGUUCCAGCAACAUAUACCCUUGACCCAAUGCAGUCCCAGUUGCAGCGCUAUAAGAACAGAACGCAUUUUGGAUGUUAUUAUUAAGAACCAAAUGUCAAUACAGAACUCAUGCUGCCGGUCUCCCACAUUUCUUUAAAGAACAAUUUCUUCCAGUUUUGAAAUUUUAGGAUUUGAAUCUUUAUGGGGCUAAAUGACUUUUUCUUCCGAGGGCCCAUUCAUGCUUUUCAGACAUCCCUUUCAUAAAUUACUCCUGCUCUUGACAUCACUAAUGUUGAUCCCGUUCUGGCUGCAUGAAUGAAAAUGAGUGACUGGAAAUCCCAUAGGCCACAAGAUUGACUUUCAGAAGGGCAAGUUUAUUGCAGAAAGACUGUUUGAUUCUGCAGGGGGCAAAACCCUCCAGAGCACUGUUUGCACCACUUCUCUGGAUCCAUCUGUACCUGGGCAGUGACCGCCUAGAAACAGAGGAAUAAAUAGAACAGACUUGAAAGCUAA